UCAUUCUCUCCUAUUUGCUCAAACUGUAAGCUGAAGUCAAGACAUGGCAAUCUGUGCGUUUUUCACGUCAAGAAGGAAAAGGACUUUUAUGGGGUUCAAGAAGUGCCUGAUGAUGCUGGGGACGUUUUCUUUCAUCCUCAUGAGUAUGCUUUUUUAUUUUGCUCUUUGGGACACCGUCUCUAAGAGACAGUCAUCUUCUGGUCUCAGAAUACUGGAGCAGUACUCCAUUGACCUGCCGGGCUGCUCAGCUGUCAUCAGUGGAGACACUGAGGGGAAGAGAGGUGAAUUAGCGGCACUUCUUUCUUCUAAGAAAAGACACCACUUUUUGUCUGAGGAUUUCUACCUGAAUGCAACAGAGGACUGCUCAGCGUACAUUGCAGACAGAGGUUUUAUUACAGUGCCUCUUAGUAUGGAGGAGAAUGAUUUUCCCAUUGCGUACUCCAUGGUGAUCCAUGAGAAGAUUGAGAUGUUUGAGCGUCUCCUACGAGCUGUUUAUGCUCCUCAGAACAUCUACUGUGUGCAUGUGGACCAGAAAUCCUCUGCACAGUUCAAAAAGGCUGUGAAGGCAAUUGCUUCUUGCUUCCCCAACGUGUUUGUGGCCACAGCAUUAGAAAGCGUGGUGUAUGCCUCAUGGUCUCGAGUACAGGCAGACCUGAACUGCAUGAGGGACCUGCUGCACUCCGACGUCCAGUGGAGAUACCUGCUGAACACCUGUGGGACAGAUUUCCCCAUCAAAACCAACAGGGAGAUGGUGAGGACGCUGAAAUUCCUCAAUGGGAGAAACAGCAUGGAGUCUGAAGUCACCGGUAACUUCAAGAAAGGCCGCUGGCAGUAUCAUUACAAUGUCACCGACACUGUCGUCAAGACGGACGUGAAGAAGAGUCCUCCACCCAUCAGUGUCCCCAUGUUCGCAGGAAAUGCAUACUUUGUGGUGACCAGAGCCUUUGUGAAGCAUGUGAUCGAGGACAAAGAGAUCCAGAAGUUUCUGGAGUGGGAGAAGGACACCUACAGCCCCGAUGAGCACCUGUGGGCCACUCUUCAGAGAAUGCCCUCCGUUCCUGGAUCAGUGCCGAGCAACCGCAAGUAUGAUGUGUCAGACAUGAAUGCCUUUGCUCGCGUGGUGAAGUGGAGCUAUUCAGCAGGAGAUGUGAAACAGGGAGCCCCCUACAGACCCUGCACCGGCGUCUACAGAAGAGCUGUUUGUGUGUAUGGAGCUGGUGACCUGCAGUGGCUGCUGGAACAACAGCAGCUCUUUGCCAAUAAGUUUGAUCCUGAGGUUGAUGACAUUGCCAUCAGGUGUUUAGAGUCAGUGCUGCGUUUCAAAGCUUUGGCGUUGACACAAAAUUCAAAUUAAAGUUUCUCUAAAACAUGUGAUAUUACUAUUAUCUGAUAAUUGUAUUUUGAAUGCAUGUUGUAAGUUAUUUUUUGGUUUAACUAAUUUUUUUUUUUUUGGGUGGGGACAUUGAUAUAUUUAUGACAUCUUGUGUUUGUGGUGUCAUCUGGUUCAGAAGAACUGAGAAGCUAGAUGUUGAGCAGGUCACAUCAUCACUUAUCGAAGUGUCUGCUCACAUAUUUGUUCCUCAAAUAUUUGAUAAUCUACUGGUUAUCGAUUUUCUCUGAGUCCCAUCUGUCCCAAGCGUGACCGCCCUCCCCUUCCCUGUCAUCACCUGUGCCUUGGAUGACCUCCCAUUUACUGCUGAGUAUUUGCCAUCUCUCUGCCAUCAUUUCUUUUUUUAAUAUUCCACUCAGGGCAAAAGGAAAUCUUCUUAAUCUGUACUGAUUUUGAAUUAAAGUAUAUACACUUGAAUACACUUUAAAUCCCCCUUUCACAGCUUAACAGCUUCCACACUUCCUGGAAAGCUUUUCACGAGAUCUGGGGUGUUUCUGUGGGAAUUUUUACUCAUUUAUUCUACAGAGUCCUGA